UUAGCCAUGGCGGUGACGAAAUAUCUCCACGAAACCCUCCUAUCCAUCUCACCAACAAAAGACCCCGUGGGGAUCUUCCUAGCCAUCAACUUGGCAAUCUGUCUGGGGUUUCUCGUUUCUCGAAAAUGGAUCGCACGCUUCAGCAAGUCGACGAGACCAGGCUCCCCCGACCUAGAAAAACCGUCAUCCAGCCCAGGUGUUAGGGAGAAGGUGACGAGAAAGUUCGGUGAAUGGAUACCUUCUACCUUCAAGAGGCCUGCCGCAGCACCUUACUCUGACUGGGAUGUCCACAACACCAAGCCCAUCCCGUACAGGCCGUUUCGAUAUGGCCCAAAGUAUUUUAUAACACUCGGGUUGAGAAGUAUGAAGUGGGAUGAAUGGAUAGAACUAGACAACCAUUACCUCAAAUAUCACGCCGACAAGAAGAAAAGAAUCGAGGAACGCGGAGAAAAGUGCUUUGGCACCGCACCAGAGGCAAUGGACGGUGCCAUCGAACUACUUGAAGAACUAUGCGCUUACCUCCCAGAGCGCUACCCAAGCAUGUUCGAAAAGACCCCAACAGGUAUAACCAACAAAGCCACCAACGAAACCUUCAACAUAACCCAACGUCCACUACCCGAAGACCCAAUGGCAACAGCAGCCCGGCUCGUCCAAGACGACCUAGCCCUAAUGUUCGAACGACCCGACGGCGAAUACUACCUCCUAGCCGGUGCAAUCCUGCUAGCGGGAUUCUGGCGCCUGAGCGACAAAUUCGGGAUGCGACUUUCAGAAAUCCACACCUCGGGCGACGUACCUCAAUUCCGCGAGAAGCUCGAAAAGGGCAUGAUGAAUUUUUUCCGUCGACUGAAGCCCGAAGAACCCGUUUUGCGAAAUAAUUACUUCAUCCAGGUAGAUGAUAGUCUGGCCUGGUCGCACAGCAUCGGGUCCGAAGAUGCGGAGACCGUGUCAUGGAAUACGGCGCAGAAGAAUAAGGCGAUUGAGCAUCAUUUCUUUCGCUCCGAGAGACAAUCUUUGCGAAGGUUGCCUAAGUCGGGAGCGGUGGUAUUUACUAUUCGGACGUACUUUGAGCCGAUUACGGAGAUUGUUAAAGAGCCUUAUGUGCCUGGUCGGUUGGCUUCUGCGAUUCGGAGUUGGGGGAAUGAUGUUUCGAGAUAUAAGGGGAAACAGAAGUAUGAGGAGGUUUUGUUGGAGUAUUUGGAUCAGAAGCAUGAAGAGCAGGUCGCGAAUGGGCUGGAGGUAGAGAAGGAAGAUGAUAUACGGGCUUAUCCGUUGUAA